CACAAUCGUCACAAACGCCAAAAGAAUAUUCCGUUACAAAACAUGACGGAUCCAACCGUUUCCCGCCAAGUGAACAGCCCUUUGAAACGUAACGAAAGUAACGGCGAGUUCAAACGUCUCCUACUCCCCGAAACCUCUCAAUCCGACGAUCCCAGCGAGUCACCGGCGGAGCCACCGGAGAAUCAGGUAGUGACCGUAGAGGAAGACGGAGAGACCACCUUAGAGUCAGUUCCUCCGUUCUCGUGGGCGAAGCUAUGGAAAUUCACGGGACCUGGGUUUCUCAUGAGCAUCGCGUUUCUAGACCCUGGAAACAUCGAAGGGGACCUACAAGCCGGAGCCGUGGCUGGAUACUCGCUUCUGUGGCUUCUUCUAUGGGCCACGCUGAUGGGACUUCUCAUUCAGCUUCUCUCGGCUCGGAUCGGUGUCGCGACGGGUCGGCAUCUGGCGGAGAUUUGCAGAAGCGAGUACCCGUCGUGGGCGAGGAUACUGCUUUGGUUCAUGGCGGAGGUUGCUUUGAUCGGAGCUGAUAUUCAGGAAGUCAUCGGAAGCGCUAUCGCUCUUCAGAUAUUGACACGUGGGUUCUUACCUAUUUGGGCCGGUGUUAUCAUCACCUCGCUUGAUUGCUUCUUGAUUUCGUAUUUGGAGAAGUGUGGAAUGAGGAAACUAGAAGGUCUUUUCGCGGUUUUAAUCGCGACAAUGGCUCUUUCCUUUGCUUGGAUGUUCAAUGAAACUAAACCGAGCAGAGAAGAACUAAUCAUAGGCAUUCUUAUUCCGAAGCUCGGAUCAAAGACAAUCAGACAAGCUGUUGGAGUAGUGGGAUGCGUAAUAACGCCUCACAAUGUGUUCUUGCAUUCCGCUUUAGUGCAGUCCAGGAAGACCAACCCAAAGGACAUACACAGAGUUCAAGAAGCUCUCAACUACUACAACAUCGAAUCAACCGCCGCGCUUUUUGUCUCUUUCAUGAUCAAUCUCUUUGUAACCGCGGUUUUCGCUAAAGGGUUUUAUGGAACCAAACAGGCUGAUAGUAUAGGACUAGUUAACGCGGGACAUUACCUACAGGAGAAGUAUGGCGGCGGGGUUUUCCCCAUACUAUACAUUUGGGGGAUCGGUUUGUUAGCUGCUGGACAAAGCAGUACCAUUACAGGAACUUACGCUGGACAGUUUAUAAUGGAAGGGUUCUUAGAUCUUCAGAUGGAGCAAUGGCUAUCAGCUUUUAUAACAAGAAGCUUUGCGAUUGUGCCAACUAUGGUUGUAGCGCUUAUGUUCAACACAUCAGAGGGGUCGCUUGAUGUUUUAAACGAAUGGCUUAACAUUCUUCAGUCGAUGCAGAUUCCUUUCGCUGUUAUUCCUCUAUUGACUAUGGUUUCUAAUGAACAUAUCAUGGGUGUCUUCAAAAUCGGACCUUCGCUUGAGAAGCUAGCGUGGACCGUGGCGGUGUUUGUGAUGAUGAUAAAUGGGUAUCUUCUUCUUGAUUUCUUCAUGGCAGCAGCGAACGGGUUUUUUGUUGGGUUACUGGUUUUUGCUGGAGUAGUGGCAUACGUCAGUUUCAUCAUUUAUCUUGUUUCCUAUAGAAGAUCACAGUUUUCUUCUUGGUCGAGCUUAGAAAUGUCACAGAGAGUUGUUUCCACAGAGACGUAG